ACAAAUUAUGAUUCCGCUCGUAUCCUCAUAAUAAAAAGAAAGGUCGUCAGCAAUCGCCUAUAUUCCCCAGAUAUGAAUCGAAUGUGUCAUUGCAAGGGAGAUUGUUGGUUCCCGGGUUACUGAAAUGCAGUCCUGUUAUUUUUUCAGGAAUGUUCUUCUAUUAUUUCUUGUUAAUUUUGCCCUCCACAGAUCAAACGGAUGCUCGGAAAUUCAACAGUUAAUUCAUGCCUUACCUUAUGUAAGUUUGACUGACACAAAAUGUUUAAUAGGGAAUAAUUGUUCGUCUCUACAAUGCACAUCAACAGCUGAAAAGGCAACAUUUUCUGUUGGUUUUGCCGUCACAUGUGAUAAUGAUCCAACUAUUGAAAUAAAUGCCAAUAUUCCUACCUCAGGAAUUAUUUCAUGGAAUGCAACAUUUAAUGAUCAAACAGAAAAAGUGAUUCCUGGCUAUUUUUUUCCUGCAUCCCAAAACCACACCAUUCAAAGACAAGGCUAUCUGAAAGUUAGUUUAAAAAAGUCUACUGAAAGAGAUUCAUUUGUUUUACUGGGCCUAACACUUAAAGGUUGUGAAAACAUCCAAGAAAAUCAGGGAAUUGACUAUUCUUGCACUCAAAAACAAAUAAUUAACAAUCAACAACUUGCAUGUGGAAAGGGAAAAUUAAACAAUCAACAGAAGUUCUGUUCUUUGUUUCGACCUUUCGAAUGUGGUGAAAAAGAAACAUGUUCACAAAUUGAUAAAUCCAAUCAUGGCGAAUGCCAAUGUUUCAAAGGAUAUGCAAGGGAUGAAGAUGGGACUUGCUCUAAAAUAAUAACUCACCCUCAAGUUUCAACUGCUUCACCUACCAAGCAGGAAUCUAACGAAAGGGAUGUGUCAGAGUCGACGAAAGACCCUGCCGCGUUAGCGGUUAAUAUAGUAGUUCCACUUCUUGUCCUAAUACUGGUCACAGCUUUACUGUACGCAGCAUAUAAACAUGGAUUAAUCCACCAAUGUCUGGUUACUUUGUUCGGGAGAACUACUGAAACUGUUUUGGUCACAGAUGAUGACGAUUCACCUUUGGCUUGAGGUUGCCUGGAUAUAACCUCGGAUGAUGAAACAACCGGAAAGUUAGAAAUACAUAUAUAUAUUAUAAAGACAA